UGCCUCUCCACCCCUACACUCCCACCCACCAUCUCUAUAAACCCCACCUCCCUCCCCCGACCAUUUCUCAGUACUAUGAACGAUCACACAAUUCCCAUUAAUUAGCAUACGCCACUUCUUCAUCCAAUGGCUGAGCACCAACAGCAAUCCCAGCGUCCGGACCUGCAACCUCGGUCCCAUCAAGUUGUGAAGGCAGCCACCGCGGCCACUGCCGGAGGGUCCCUCCUUGUCCUCUCCGGCUUGAUCCUAACCGGUACGGUCAUUUCCUUGACCGUGGCCACCCCACUGUUUGUGAUAUUCAGCCCGGUUCUCGUCCCGGCGGUCAUCACGGUGGCCCUUAUUAUCCUUGGGUUCUUGGCGUCUGGCGGCUUCGGUGUAGCGGCGGUGACCGUUUUGUCAUGGAUAUACAGGUACGUUACAGGAAGGCAACCACCCGGCGCGGAACAAAUAGACCAGGCACGCAUGAGGCUGGCGAGUAAGGCUCGAGAGAUGAAGGACAGGGCCGAGCAAUUUGGACAGCAGCAUGUCUCUGGUGCACAGGGUUAAGCUGCAACGUAGUACCAUAUAAUAUGCAUCGAUCUCAUGAUGAUCUGCCCGUCCUCCUCCUCCUCCUCCUCCUCUAAGUGAUGGAAGCUGCAUGUACUAGAAGGUUUCAUCGGUUGUCGUUAAUUUCUCGUACUUAUAAUUCUGUAGUUUUUUGAGUGCUUUUAUGGCGUCUGUAUCACUGUCGAUGUAAUGAGUUAAAACACUUAUAAAGUGAACUUGAAUUCCCAUAAUUUUCAUUUUCA